UGGAGAUCUGUCAUAUGCCACGCAUUUCACUGUUCAGCUCAAUUCUUAAAGCCCUGAAGGUGAAAAGCUCAGCUGCCGCGGCCCCGAGAAGAAGGCGCCAGCUUCCAGCAGGCAGCUGCUGGCAGAGCUUGUCUUUGCAAGGAUCCUAGGGCUUCCAAUCUUUGACAGCUGAGGGGAAGAGGUCUUGUGCAGUUGCAGGCAUGGUGCUUGCUGUCAAGAUGGCUUCUGCGGCCGCUGUUCCAACUUUCAGCAGAUUAGGGUUUGGAAGCAACGUUGGCAUUACAAGGAGGAGCACAACUUCAGCAGCUUUCGGCUGCCAAGCCAGCCUGCAAUCAAGCUCCUCACUUGCCUGCGUGCAAAGCUGCACGAGUCUGCACGCACUCACAAGCGCGGUCUCUCUCUUUGGAACGAAGCAGAGUAAACAGUCUGCACUGCGGAGGGGCAGCAAGGCGCGCAUCGCUGCUGAGGUGUCGCCGGUCCUCAAGGACAAAGAAACUGCCUCAGAGUCAGAGAAGAAGGCAGUUAUUGAUGAAGCCGAGAAGCCUGACUUCAAGGAGACUUUCUCAGCAAAGAAGGCUGACCCCCAUUGGGACAGCAAAGACAAGAGCGAGGCAGAUGAGGAGAUCUCCAUUGGACCCGAUGGGUUUGUUGCCGAGGCCGGAAAGGAGCCUGCUUCUAUUGCUGUCACAACUCUUCCAUCUGAGCAAGGGAAGAUCAAGAAGAUUCGGGGCCAGGAAGUGCUUGCAUUUGACUAUGGCUUCCAGGCGACUUUCCUUGCCAGUGGAACGUCAGUCCCAGGCAAUGUUAUCGACCUUGCGCUGACAAACUUUGCCAGGGAGUGGAAGGCUCUCAGAAGGAACGUGCGGUUCACCCAGCUGAGCAACCCUGAGGAAGACGACAUUGACAGGGGUCCUGUGGCACUGGCCCUAGCUUAUGUGGGACGGUUCUUGCUGGACCAAGCCAGGAUUCUUGACAGAGUACUCACCAAAACGGGACUGUAUGCCAAGCUGACAAUCGAGGGGCCGGCCGGGAAUGCCGAGAUGGACGAGCUGCGCAAGAAGUUGAGCCAGCUGAAGCUGAGCAACGACAAGGUGUGGGAGCGCGAGAGGAGCCGACCCGCUGUCGAGGCGCCCUGGUAUAUCCUUGGGCCAUACUACUUCCUAUGCCUGAUACUUGACGUCAUCUUCAACGGGCGGCCCAUCCAGCGCUUCUGGUUCCUCGAGACAGUGGCGCGCAUGCCCUACUUCAGCUACAUCAGCAUGCUGCACCUCUACGAGACUCUCGGCUGGUGGCGCGUGGGCGCAGAGGUGCGCAAGGUACACUUUGCAGAGGAGUGGAACGAGAUGCACCAUCUCAAGAUCAUGGAGAGCCUGGGCGGAGACAACCAAUGGGUGGACCGGUUCUUUGGACAGCACGCGGCGUUCUUCUACUACUGGAUCCUAAACUUCCUCUUCCUGGUCUCGCCCAAGGUGGCCUACAACUUUUCUGAGCUCAUUGAGUUCCACGCAGUUGAUACAUAUGAGGAGUUUGCUGAGGCCAACAAGGAGCUGCUGAUGUCACUUCCGCCGUCACCAGUCGCCGUCGAGUACUACCGGGGCGAGGACCUCUACAUGUUUGACGAGUUCCAGACCAGCCGCCGACCAGCCACCCGGCGACCCAAAGUGGACAAUCUAUACGACGUGUUCUGCAACAUCCGGGAUGACGAGUUUGAGCAUGUGAAGACAAUGGUCGCUUGCCAAGAUGGCGGUCAACCAAUAAUCAGCCCCAAUCGCAUCAGAGCCACCCUCACCGAGGAGUCAGGCUGAGAUGGGCGUAUCUAGUUUUUGCUUGCGAGGAGCUUCCAUUGCGAGAGUGGUGUGUUAGUGCAUAACUGUUAGCUGUAGCAUACAUUCCUUUUCUUCUGAGUGCGGCGCUGUCGCACCUCAGUCGAUAUUUCGUGUUGUACAGGUGAUGAUUCUUUGCUUGUGUUGCUGUAACAUAGGCAGGCCACGCAGGCUUUAAAGAUUGCAGAGGGGUGUGUGUGUGUGAACUGAUAGAGACAGAGGUUAGAUCACGAGUUUUGUGUGAUUGUUGUUUGCGGAGUUAGCGUAGCGUUGUGCGAUAUUGUAGCUUUUAGAUCUGAUCAAAGGACGGUUUUGACGUACCACCUGCCUCAAUCUAAAACUUGGCGCAGGCAAAGGUCGGCAAGCCGUCUGUAAACAGGUACUAACAUUGCGAGCACGUAGUGGUUGAUCAAUUCAGUGUGGUUGACCAUAGCUGCACCGUUUGCAAACACCUUAAUUGCAUUUUUGCCAACUUAUAUUGAGUACAAUCUAUUAUCGUUGCAAUGACGUCA